ACAAAAUAUUGUUACAAAAGACGUACUAAAGUAAGGCUAACUAAAGCAGUGUAAUGAUUUAUGAUAAUAAUUUAAUAUGAAUUAUGAAUAUAUAUCCGUGUUCGUACUAAUGAUAUAUUAUGUAUUUUGCUACCCGUCUGUGCGGCGCCGGCGCUUGCAGAGCGCCUAAAAAUUAAAAUGAGUAAAAUCUCAUUAAUAAAUAAAUAAUGUCUACCACGACGUGAAUGAUACCGAAUGACAAAUCAAUAGUCUCGUACGAGUUUACGACUUCCGGACUACAUACAAAUAUAAAAAUAUUAAUAACAAAGUGUAUCCCCAGGACCAGCGAUUAUCGAAUCGAUCGUAAGAUUAUUUAACAGUGAAUAUCUACAAUGAACCCUUUGUCUGCUUAUGUCCCUUGCACAGCUAAUAUCGUAGUAAACUGUAUAGCUCUACUAACUGCACCACUUACUUUAAAAUGUCACAAAUGCACAUGGUAUUACCCGGCACCCACGGACGACAGAUGUUAUACGCAAAGGAAAAACAAAUUUUCGUCAAAGGCACCGUGUCGGCGGUCACGAACAACGUUGCCGUGAACGUCUCCAAGUAUCAAAAAUCGUUACACGGUUUUGCCAUCAUCGACCGGCAAACAAUUCACGUGGUGGGUACAGAAAAUUCCGUGGAUAAUGCAGCUGAUGUUCCACAGUUUUGUCUCGACACGAAGACCAAUGUCACCCAAAUACUCUGGUGCACGCUCGGUUACAUAAAUUGCUUAGUAGUCACUUGUUCAGAAGGUCUGAUUAUUUACGAUUGUGACCAACAGUUCAAACGCAUAUACACGCACAACUGCGAAGAUAAAAAUAUGAAGGAGAAAUAUGCAAAAGGGAUAGCUGCAUUUGAGUGCACUUACCUGUGUGUCGGUAAUAGUAAUGGGUCAAUUAGGGUAUUCGGACCAGAUGAAGAUGGACAAGUGGUGUUUUUAGACAGAAAAUUGUUUCACGGAGCUCCAAUCACAGAUAUGUCGUCUUACAAACACAAUUUAGUGUCUUGUGAUGAGUCCGGUUGUACAGUACUUUCACAAAUUGAUUGCGGAGAACUGAUGAUCAUUGCUCGAUCAAAAGUUUUUGGGGGACAUCCAUGCACUACAACAGAAAUGACCAGAAUUGGAUUAAUGGCCGUAGGUUACGGAUGUGGAACAAUUCGUAUGUUUGAUCCAACUGUCAAACUUGUAAACGAAGAUGCAGAAGAUCAGCUACCAAUGAUGGUCCAAAUGUCUGCACAUGCUAGAUGUGUUACAUCAAUGUCAGCAGCAAGAGAUGUAGAUUUAUUAUUGAGUGUAUCUGAAGACUCAUGGAUUAGAGUUUGGAAAAUCAGCACUACAACGGUUACAUUAGUUUAUUGCUACAUGAAGGAAGAUACUAUGUUUGUGGGAUGCCAAUUCAUCACCAGAAAUGGAUCUAAAUUUUGUACCACGGCAUAUGAUUCACCAUAUAUUACAUGUUACGCAUUAAACCAGUUGUAGGAUAUGUAAUUUUAUUUUAAAAAAUAAACAAAUUAAUGUGUAAAAAAAUUUGAAUUUGAAAGUUUAAAACAAGACAUUGUAUUUAUAUUGUAGAGUGGAGGGCUUAAAUAAUAAUAAAAAAAAUACAUCAGACAUUAUGAAUAUAUAAUUUUAGUAAUUUCAAUAUUCUGGAUUUCUAUAUGCGGAUAACAGA